AUGGCAACCAAGAGAAUGAUUCCAAGGAAAGAAUUUCCCACUCUAUUUCAUCUAACAACCGGACUUUUCAGCCCCCAAGGGGAUCAUCGCAGACUCCAAGGUUUAGAAACUACUCGCGACGAGGUAAUUUCGUCCCUAAGAAUACAACAAAGAAGGGACCACUCAGAUUCAAGCCCGCAGAUUCCUUUCCUGGAAAGCCAGACAAUAGAUGACUACCCGUCAGUUCCGAAUUUCUCAGGAGGCCAGCUACGUCACUUCCGAGAAAGGCCAUCGCAACAAAUGUCUCAACAGAUCGAUCUGUUGAAGAGACAAGGUAUUCUCGAGUCUCCAACACGUUUAGGCUCAAGCUUUAUCUCAAAAAUGUUUUUGGUCAAAAAAAGCAACGGAGGAAUAAGGCCGAUCUUCGAUCUACGAGGCCUCAACAGAAUACCAGAUUUUCUGCAGGACGAGGACUGGAUGACACGAAUCGAUCUGUCUCAAGCUUACUUUCACGUACCAGUGGUAGAGUCCCAUCGUUGCCACCUUCGCCUCGUCUACGGCAAGGAGCUUUUGCAGAUGACGAGCUUGCCCUUUGACCUCUCAGCUGCCCCUCAGAUCUUCACGACCAUAACGAAUUGGAUUGCGGAAAUCCUUCGGUCGCGAGGACAGAAUCAAAUUAAACUAACAGAUCAACGAGGCAGUCGAGUUGCUGGAAUUCCUGGGAUGGAUGGUAAAUCGCGAAAAGUGUAUACUGAAUCCCUGCCAAGAGAUGGAAUUUCUGGGAAUACUGUGGAACACACGGGACAAUGUCAAGAGUCUUCCGGGCAAAAAGGCCCAAAAGAUUACGGACCUGAUAAAGGAGAUACGAUUAAAGCGGCGUUGGGACUUCUUCACUGUUGCUACCUUCAGAGGUUUUUAACCCAGUUCAAUCAACACAGACCUCGACAGAAGUUAGCGAUUACGUCUCGAGUGGAAGAGGAGUUAGAGUGGUGGCAGGGUGCCACGACGUCAUCUGUAUGUCUGCACAGAAGACGGAUAACCAACUUCCUGACGACGGACGCAGCGGACACAGGAUGGGGAGCCCAGAUAGAUGGGUCCCACCUCCAAGGAUCGUGGUCCAGGGAUCAGAAACGAUGGCAGUCGAACAAAAAAGAGAUGUUUGCCGUAUUGGCUGCAAUAAAGCAGAUGGCUCAUCAUCUCCAGGGCGCUCACAUUCUGCUUCAGUCAGACAAUCGUACCCUGGUAGCCUACAUUCAGAAGGAGGGAGGUACAAGAUUGAUAGGUUUAUUGGACCUGACCUACCAAAUUCUUCACCUUCUCGACCAGCAGAAAAUAACCGUGUCGGUGGCAUAUCUCCCAGGCAGGUACAACGGGAUCGCAGACCGAUUGUCAAGGAAGAAGGCGCUCCCAGAGUGGCAUUUGCUUCCCGCUGCGACAGACGAAAUCUUCGCAAAAUGGGGAGUUCCAGUCAUCGAUCUUUUUGCCUCAGCAAAUUCGGCUAUAGUCAGGCCCUACGUUUCUCGAGACUGCAGCGAUCCUUACGCCUUCUUCAUAGACGCAUUCAGUCGUCCAUGGCACUUGAGAUUAGGAUGGGUCUUUCCUCCUCCCAAUGUCGUACCCAGAGUGCUUGUCCACCUGAACAGCUGCAAAGGGCAAUUCCUAAUAGUAGCGACAAGAUGGGAUCAGACGUUUUGGAUGCCGGAUCUGCUCAGCAGGAGCAUGGAACCACCUCUAACCAUUCAGAACUUGGAGAGUGUGCUGAUAGACUUCACGACAGGCCAACCUCCGCAGCAGGUGGAACGGCUAACACUACAGACCUACAGGGCACCGAUUCGAAGAUGGCUCCGUUGGUGUGAAAAGCAAAAUAUUAACCCUAGGUCUCCGCAGGGUAAUGAUUUGGCUAGGUUCUUGGCAGACUUAUUUAUUACUCAAAAGUUAGCUUAUAAUACCAUUCUUCUUCACAAGUCUGCAGUAGCAACAUUCUGCGCAGGUAGAUCCUCUGAUUUUUUGGUUCAUCAGGUCCUGAAAGCUAUUUCAGUGGCAAAACCUCAAGAAGUUCGAGCACCAAUCUGGACUUCAAGGCGUAAAGCAGUGCUACUUUUAUUGGCAUCCGGCCGUCGUAUUCAUGAUCUUACUCUUUUAAAGAUCUCAAAGAAUUUUGUCGUUAACUUGGUGAACGAGAUAAUUUUAUGGCCAGCUUUUGGAUCGAAGACGGAUCGGGCUUCGUUCAGACAGUCAGGAUGGAAACUCUCGAAGCACUCCAAUAUCUGGUUGUGCCCCGUCACAUGGAUCAGGGCUAUGCUUGGAAAAUCGAAAAAGAGAAGAAAAGAUGGUAGUGUUGACACCCUGUUUAUUACUAUUGUUGGAGCCACCAAAGCAGCUUCCAAGGCAGUGAUUGCAACGUGGGUUCGAUCGGCCAUCAGAGAUGCUGGAAUAGACGCUUCCCCGGGUAGCAUUCGUUCAGCGGUUGCAUCUCGCGGAUGGCUAGACGAUCUUUCAGUCCAAUACAUUUUGGACCGAUGCAAUUGGAGAUGCGCUGAGACGUUCAGAAAACACUAUUGCCGUGAGGGAUGCCGUGUAUCGGCCAAAGGCAUACAAUACAAGUGUUUUGAAUUACAACAAAACACGUAUUGUGUGACGGAGCCGAUACACGGCAUCCUGGUAAGUGUCUUACUGAUGAGAGCCGCUAUGAGCAUAGACGGCGCAGCCGCUCUUGCUGAUGAAAAAGUGGGGAUAGACGAGAAGAGGAGGGGAGAAAGAGAGGUCGAUUAA